GUUGUGGGCUCUAUGAAGGUGUGUGUAUAAAUACUUAGAACAGGUGAACACAUCGCCCACUCUCCAAAGGGAGCGAAAGAGCCUCCUCUUCUCCUCUACCAAGUCCUCAGCUGUGUAAGUAAAGAUGUGUGAUGAGGAAGAAACCACCGCGUUGGUGUGUGAUAACGGCUCUGGAUUAGUUAAAGCUGGAUUUGCUGGUGAUGAUGCUCCCAGAGCUGUCUUCCCCUCCAUCGUUGGCAGACCUCGCCAUCAGGGUGUGAUGGUGGGCAUGGGUCAGAAGGACAGCUAUGUAGGUGAUGAAGCUCAAAGCAAAAGAGGCAUUCUGACCCUCAAAUACCCCAUUGAGCAUGGCAUCAUUACCAACUGGGAUGACAUGGAGAAGAUUUGGCAUCACACGUUCUACAACGAGCUACGAGUGGCUCCUGAGGAACAUCCAGUCCUACUCACUGAAGCUCCUCUCAACCCCAAAGCCAACCGAGAGAAGAUGACACAGAUCAUGUUUGAGACCUUCAAUGUCCCUGCCAUGUAUGUGGCCAUUCAGGCUGUGCUGUCUCUAUACGCAUCUGGCCGUACCACUGGUAUCGUGCUGGAUGCCGGUGAUGGUGUGACCCAUAAUGUGCCCGUGUAUGAGGGUUACGCUCUUCCUCAUGCCAUCAUGAGGCUGGAUUUGGCCGGUCGGGAUCUGACUGAUUACUUGAUGAAGAUUCUAACCGAGAGAGGAUACAGCUUCGUCACUACGGCUGAGCGUGAGAUUGUGAGGGACAUUAAGGAAAAGUUGUGCUAUGUGGCUCUGGACUUUGAGAAUGAGAUGGCCACUGCUGCCUCUUCUUCUUCUCUGGAAAAAUCAUACGAGCUCCCUGAUGGUCAGGUCAUCACCAUCGGCAAUGAGCGUUUCCGCUGCCCGGAGACUCUCUUUCAGCCUUCUUUCAUUGGUAUGGAGUCGGCAGGUAUCCAUGAAACCACUUACAAUGGCAUAAUGAAAUGUGACAUUGACAUCCGUAAAGACCUUUACGCCAAUAAUGUGCUGUCUGGAGGCACCACUAUGUACCCGGGUAUCGGAGACAGGAUGCAGAAAGAGAUCACGGCUCUGGCUCCCAGCACCAUGAAGAUCAAGAUGAUUGCUCCUCCUGAGCGUAAAUACUCAGUCUGGAUUGGAGGCUCCAUCUUGGCUUCUCUGUCCACAUUUCAGCAGAUGUGGAUCAGCAAGGAUGAGUAUGAAGAAGCUGGACCUUCAAUUGUCCACAGAAAGUGCUUCUAAACACACAUGUGCACAAUUCUCACACAACUCAGCUUACUCCCUCAUGAGAAUCUGUGAACACCCUGACAACAGUGUGGUUUCCAGGCUCUAAUUUCAUGCAAA